AUGGCUACCUCGCUAGAUACUCUAAUUCAAGCCCCAGAAGGAACGAAGCUAUGGCUCCUCCAUCUUGGUAAUCUGGAGGCCGAUGAGGGUUGGUUCAAGCGGGGUGGCGGCACUACCCUUGCUUCCAAUCCCACGAACACAGCAGAACGCAGAGAAUUGGUGGUAAUCGGCGUGCUCAUAGAACACCCAGCCGAAGGCCUCAUCCUGUUCGAAACAGGUCCCGGCAAGGACUACCCGACCACUUGGGGUGCUCCAUUGAACGACAUCUUUGCCCAGGUCAACUACCAUCCCGAUCAGGAACUCGAGAAACAGAUCGAGAAGACGGGGCACAAGCUAUCCGACAUCAACGCCGUCAUAAUGGGCCAUCUGCAUAUCGACCACGCCGGAGGCCUUGAGCUGUUCCGCGGCACAGACGUGCCUAUAUAUGUGCACGAGCAAGAGCUGAAGCAUGCGUUCUACAGCGUUGCCAGCAAGUCGGAUGUUGGUGUCUAUUUUCCGCAGCACCUGACAUUUGACUUGAACUGGACGCCCUUUCAUGGAGAUUUCCUUGAGAUCACGCAGGGUCUCACUGUCCGCCAUGCGCCUGGCCACACCCCUGGCCUCUGCAUCUUGCAAGCAAACCUAAAGGACUCUGGCACGUGGAUCUUCACCACGGAUCAGUAUCACGUUCGUGAGAAUUUUGAGGCGAGCCACCCCCAGGGAUGGUUAGCCCGCGACCACGAUGAUUGGGUCAGAAGUCACCAAAUGGUCAAGAUGCUGCAGAAGAGGACGGGCGCGAAGAUUGUGUUCGGCCAUUGCAAGGAUACAUUUGAGCAGUACAAGCAGGCGCCUCACGCGUACACAUAG